UAUAAUUAACGUCCAGUUUUCGACAAUAUGUUAGAGAUGGUUUUUUUUGAUCCUGCAAACGAAUUCACUAAUCGUUCACAAUAAUUAUUUAUAAAGGUCCAAAUAAAGUUUGUGAAUGAAAAUAUAUUUUUAAAUAUUAUUGAGUGUAACACUAGUAACUUAUUUCUUCAAUAAAAUGUAUCAUUUGAUACGAAUUUGCUUGAUUUUGCAUUCUCUGUCAACGGUAUCUGGGAUGAAUGAUUUUAAUCUGAAUUAUGUUUCUCCUGACAAUGAUUUAACACAAGACUUGUACAAAAGAUUGGCUUCACUCGAUUUGCAGGACGUUAAGAGAAUUGAGGACAGGAACAUUGCAGAGGACGUGUACAGCGAUGGAGAUAGUUCUCCAUUUUACGAGGCAUACAACCAGCAACCGCAAAGAAACAUCUUGCUGCUACCUGAUCAACUGAAGGUCAGUGACAGCGACGACGGUUACGAAGAUACCUCGUACCUUCAUUCUCAAAAACAACUGAGAGAUAUGGAGGAGAAGGAAGAGAUCGGUCUAGGAGAUGAUGAAAAAAUUAGAGGGGUCAUUCGCGAUCCAGAAUUUACAGAGCACAGCUCCAUCGAUGCUGUUUAUCACUUGAAAGACCACGACAGAGAGCAUGGCAAGCCGACAUCUCCCGCUGUUCCAAACAAGAUUGUAGAUAGUUUGAAGUCCGUCAAGUCAGAUGAAGCUCUGCCAUUCUACUGCCACCCACCCAAUCCCUGCCCAAAAGGAUUCACAAGCAAAAAUGGAUGCCAGGAGUUCGUAGAAGACACAGCAGAUUACCAGAAGGAAUGGAUCCGUCAGAUGCAGAAGAAGGGAUUGUGCAACUGUGACGAAGAGCACAUGUUCAACUGUGCUGAUGGACUCGAUGGAUCGGAUGAUGAAAGGCAGGAUUUGGAAAAAGUUAUUGACAACCUCAUUAAGGAGAAGCAAGAGAACCCAUUCACUCACGGAGGGCACAAAAGGGUCAGCCUAGUCGCCAAGAAGUCACCCCGUUAUAAGAGGGACACUGGCAGACUGGGCGAUAUGGAGGAAGAAAUUUAUAAAGUGGCAAAGAAAAGUUCCGACAACCCGUACUUGGAUGGGGCGCGUCUGCCAACCGUGGCCAAAAAGGGCGAGAUGUCAAAGAUGGAAAACUAGGUAAAACUAUUUCACCGCCACAAACAACAACGGCAAUGAUAUGGUAAUGAUGAAAUGCGUUAGGCUAAAAAUUGGUUACACUAACAACAAUCAUGGUUCAAUGUAGUGUCGUAAUGAUAAUAAAUUUUAAUGUUGUGGUGAUUAAACCUUUAACUUUUAAUGUUGUGAUAAUAAAUGAUAAUUUAGAGAUGAUUAAAGUUAAUUAUGAUAAUUACAUUUUUUUUAUAAGAGGUGUUUUGAAUUGUUGUUAAAUUAGGCAGAUGAGGUUGAUGGAGCUAGUGGUUUAAUAAAAAAACAAUAUGAUACAAAGAUUAUAACUAUGUAUGAAUAGAUAGAUUCCUAAACGUCGAAUGUACUUAUGUCAAUCAUUUUAAAUGUAAUUAAAAAUAUUGAUUAAUUAAUUAAAGGCUCUGAAAAUUUAUGACAAUUAUUUUUGUUUUAAAUUAUUCCUGAUCAUGAUCGUUACUCCAGCUACUUUCACUGCCACGAGCAAGACUUCCAUUAAACUGCCAUCAUCACUUACCGGAUGGAUUAUUUCGUUCUUGUUUUUGUUCCGUGUCGCUUGCAGUGGCAGCAGUGGCAGCAGCAGCAGUGAGUCGCCGAUGCGACAACAUCAACCACAAUAAGCAUAAAAAUAACAACAACACUAAAUAUUGAAACGACCACAGCAACCGCAAUGACCACAGUAAAUUCAACAACAUAAGCAAAAAUGAAUAGCUUCAAACUGCCUGUCGUACCUAAAUUAAGAAUUAAGUUGGGCUUUCUGUAAAGAUAUUAAUAAUAAAAUAUUUCAACAAAAUUUAUUAUAUUAGCAAAUAUUUAUUCUAAAAGUCACCAAGCAGCUGGUGAUUAUUUAUCGAUUGUGAGUCAUUGUUAGACAGUGCAAAUGUUUUAGCUAGUUCAAUGUACUAUAUUUCAAUUUUUACGUUGACUGCAUAGGAUC